AUGGGACAUUUUGUGUGGAACAAGAAUUUGUCACGUCUUAUAAGCUGGCAACUAAGUAAGAAAAAAUCCAAGAAAUAUAUAUGUGAUCGUUGCUUGCAUUAUUUUCAUUCCAACGAGAAUCAUAUCAUAGAUUGCAACAAGUUGAAUGACUGUACAGUCGUCCUGCCAACAGAGGACAACAAGUGGCUCAGUUUUACCAAUUAUAGCAGAAGGGAAUGGAUUCCAUUCGUGGUGUACGCUGACCUGGAAUUCAUUCUAGAGAAGACGCUAAACGAAGAAAAAAUAUCGUAUGUGUAUCAGCAUCAUAAAGUACGUAGUAUAGCUUAUUGCGUACGAUGUUCCUACGAUGAAUCAUUAUCCGCGUAUUAGUGUCGUCGCGAUCCGAAUUGCAUUUCGUGGUUCGUCGAGGAACUUAAACAAUUGGCGCAUCAUAUAAAAGUUAUUUUGUAUAAUAAUACCACUAUGGAAAUUUUAUCACAAGAACAGUAUGCAGCAUUUUAUAGCGCAACGCACUGUCGUAUAUGCGAAAAAUCAUUCGCGGUGAAGGAUAUACGCGUACGCGAUCAUUGCCAUUUAACCGGGCAAUACAGGGGUCCUGCACAUUCCAAUUGUAAUUUAAAUUAUACAGAUUCCUAUUAUAUUCCG